AUGUACCUCUUGCGCAAAGAGGAAAUGAGAUUGGCUAAUGGCGGAUAUGAUGCCCAGGAGCUGGUGCUUUACCACAUUACCUCCAAGUCCAGAGCUUUGGAGUCUCUAAAGAAUGGGCUCGACUGGAGGCUCACCAGACGCGCAAAGUUUGGCUGUGGCGUGGCGUUCAGCAAUGACGUGGACUACGGAAAUUAUUACGCCAAUCGAUCCACUAAUGAAGGUGUUCGAGUUAUCGUCAUGAGCACUGUGCUAAUUAAUGACACACCGUAUCUGGUGACCGAAAAACUGGACCGAAAGAACCGUCUAAUCAUACCACCUGGCACCGCAGAUACUACGGUAAGCCCUAACGACCACGUAUUUGUCAAGUACACCGACUUCGAGUCUUACCCGCUGUUUUUCAUUUAUUACCGGUGGACACCGGAACUAUUUAAAGAAAGUAAAUAUUUCAAUGCCAUCACCAAGAACAAGAACAAGAACAACAAAAGCAACAACAACAACAACAACAACAACAACAACAACAACAAUAAUCACCAGAGGUUGCAGCAGGAAGAGACGUUGUGUAAGCAAGUAGCUAAUCUGCUUAUCGACGAGUCUAACAGCCAACACGUCGCAGCCAAAGCCACCGCCGCCACGCCGCCAUACAAAAGAAGAAACGCCACCAAAAAACGUCGAGACCGACGCAAACGCGCCGCAGCCGCAGCCAAAGCUGAGGCCGACGCAAACGAGCAGCAGCCAAAGACGACGCUGUCACGCCAAAGCAAGCAAGCGUUGUCGACGCCGCCGCCGCGCCGUAGACGUCAAAACAGGAAGCAACGCCGGCGCUCGUUGUCUCCUCAGUCGAAAAUGAUAAUAGAAGUACCUUUUGAUUAUUAUAUGUAA